AUAAUAAUGGAUGAUGUGGCAAUAGGAUAGUAGCUAGUGUAUUGUGGUGUACUAGAACUCACCGCAGAGAAACCCAUUACAAUAUAAUUCUCUUGAAACCCUAGACACGUCCGAAUAUCCCCAAAUUAAUAAAUCAUCGGUCUCGGCCUCGCUUUUCUCAGGUGAGGCAUUACUCUUUUGAGAAAACUUUCAAUUUCAUCUUCAGGGUCGGUAACAGUGAGAUAUUUAGUUCAAGUUUCGAUUAGGUUUUGUUGCUAAAAAAAUCAAAACAAGAUUAUGGAAGGGGAUUUUUACAUACCCAUAUGUAGUUCUCAGCUGGUGAUCAUUUUUUUCUCUUUGUUUUAGUAUUGCCGCUUACAAAGAAAAUUUCUGUAUCUUUUGGUAUAAAGCAUACCAUGUUUUUACCGUGCCUGAAGAAGCUUGAAGGUAGUGAAGAUUUGAUAGGGAAAGGGUCAGAUUCUUUUGGGCUUUAGAGUUUAUUGGUGAUUAUAGUACAGUUUUUGAAAUGGGUUCUGCUUCUUUUCUUCCCAAACAUGUUGCCUCUGUAGUAAAGUACCAAAGGGAUCCGCUGAAAGCACUUGAAUUGUUUAACUCAGUGAAAAGGAAAGAUGGGUUUAAGCACACUUUUCUUACUUACAAAUGUAUGGUUGAUAAGCUUGGCCUUCAUGGGGAGUUUGAAGCUAUGGAGCGGUUGCUCUUGGAGAUGAGGAUGAACGUGGAUAAUAGUUUACUCGAAGGAGUGUAUAUUGGAGCCAUAAGAAACUAUGGAAGAACAGGUAAGGUUCAAGAAGCUGUAAAUGUUUUUGAGAGGAUGGAUUUUUAUAAUUGUGAGCCUUCAGUGCAAUCUUAUAACGCAAUCAUGAAUUCACUCAUUGAGUAUGGGUAUUUUAAUCAAGCCCACAAAGUGUAUAUGAGGAUGAAAGAUAAAGGAAUCGAACCAGAUGUAUAUACUUAUACAAUUAGGAUCAAGUCUUUCUGUAGGACUAGUAGACCUCAUGCUGCAUUGAGGCUUCUCAAUAACAUGCCUUCCCAGGGUUGUGAGUUUAAUGCAGUUGCAUAUUGUACGGUCAUUGGUGGAUUUUAUAAAGAAGACUAUCGUGUGGAGGCUUAUGAAUUAUUUGAGAACAUGCUUGCUCAAGGUUUUUGUCCAAGUAUUACAACAUUCAAUAAGCUUAUACAUACUCUUGCUAAGAAAGGGGAUGUUCGAGAAAGUGAAAAACUUUUCAGCAAGAUUUAUAAGAGGGGAGUAUCUCCAAAUUUGUUUACAUUCAAUAUUUUCAUUCAAGGGCUUUGCAAAAAAGGUUUGCUUGAUGAGGCUGUCGGAUUGUUGGAUGGAAUUAAGAGGGAAGGUCUAAAUCCUGAUGUUGUUACAUAUAAUACGUUGAUCUGUGGUUUGUGUAAAAAAUCUAAGGUUGACAAAGCUGAGUGCUAUCUGCGUACAAUGGUGAAUGAUGGGCUUGUCCCUGAUGGAUUUACCUACAACACUAUUAUUGAUGGAUAUUGCAAACAGGGUAAGAUCCAAAAUGCGGAUAAUCUUCUGAAAGAUGCUACUUAUAAGGGGUUUGUGCCUGAUGAAUUCACAUAUUGCUCAUUAAUUAAUGGUUUAUGGCAGGAGGGUGACAUAGAUCGUGCCAUGGAUGUAUUUGCUGAAGCUUUGGGGAAGGGAUUAAAGCCAAGUAUUGUUCUGUAUAAUACUGUGGUCAAAGGGUUGUCUCAGCAUGGGCUUAUUUUGCAAGCCUUGCAGCUGAUGAAUGAUAUGUCAGAAAAUGGUUGCAGCCCUGAUAUAUGGACCUAUAAUUUAGUUAUAAAUGGAUUGUGCAAGAUAGGGUGCGUUUCUGAUGCUAGUAAACUUAUGAAUGAUGCUAUUUCUAACGGCUGCCUUCCUGAUGUUUUUACCUUUAAUACAUUGAUUGAUGGUUACUGUAAAUUGUUGAAUUUGGAUGAUGCCAUUGAGGGAGUAAGUAGCAUGUGGAAUCAUGGUGUUACACCUGAUGUGAUAACAUAUAACACUCUAUUGAAUGGUCUUUGCAAGGCUGCAAGGAACGAAGAUGUGAUGGAAACCUUUAGAGCAAUGAAGGAGAAAGGAUGUGGUCCUAACAUCGUUACAUACAACAUACUUGUAGAAAGCCUUUGCAAAGCUCGGAAAAUAAGUGAAGCCCUGGACUUGCUUGAUGAAAUUCAAGAUAAAGGGUUAGCCCCAGAUAUUGUUUACUUUGGUGCAUUGAUUAAUGGUCUCUGUGAUUAUGGGGAUUUGGAUGGAGCGUACAAACUAUUUAGAAGAGCUGAACAAGAAUUUAAGGUUUCUCAUACAACUUCAUCGUACAACAUUAUGAUCAAUGCUUUCUGUGAAAAACUGAAGGUUAGCAUGGCGCAAAAGUUAUUUAGUGAAAUGGGUGACAAAGGCGCUAAUCCAGACAGUUACACUUACCGAGUCAUGAUUGAUGGUUUCUUGAGAGUAGGCAAUACUGACUCUGGGUAUGAUUUCCUUCUCCAAAAGGUUGAGAAGGGGUUUGUUCCUUUGCUGAUGACAUUUGGAAGGGUGCUGAAUUGUCUUUGUGUGAAACAUAGAAUUCCUGAGGCUGUUGGCAUCAUCCACCUUAUGGUGCGCAAAGGAAUUGUUCCUGAGGUUGUGGAUACAAUUUUUGAGGCUGAUAAAAGAGAGAUAGCAGCGCCAAAAAUUCUUGUGGAAGAUCUGCUGAAGAAGAAUCAUAUAACUUAUUCUGUUUACGAAAUUCUAUAUGACGGAAUUAGAGAUAAAAAGUUACUAAAGAAAAGGCUUCCAACUAGGUCUUCUCAUGCUAUUAGUUGAAGCAUUAAUUCCUAACUAGUGAAUAAACUUUCAAAUAGAAAAAUUAUACAUCUUGCCAGUGUGCCAUGCAGAACGAAACCAGAAGCUCAAAGUAAAAGCUGUAAGAGUUUUGGAGCUCCAGCUGCAUGGAGAGGUUAGUUCCUGCUAAGCUUGGAGUACUUGUUCAGCUCUUCAAAUUUUAUGACUGUAAUUCUGCUUCUAUGCCAUUAAAUCUUCAUUGAGAAAAAUCUCUUGUUAAUAAGAUUCAA